GCGCUGAGCCCCGAGCCCGCCGGGAGCGCCAGGCCGGCCGGGCCUGCGCCGCCGCCGCCGCCGCCGCCGCGCCGACCAUGUCGGCGGCCAAGGAGAACCCGUGCAGGAAAUUCCAGGCCAACAUCUUCAACAAGAGCAAGUGUCAGAACUGCUUCAAGCCCCGCGAGUCGCAUCUGCUCAAUGAUGAGGACCUGACGCAGGCAAAACCCAUUUAUGGCGGUUGGCUGCUCCUGGCCCCAGAUGGGACCGACUUUGACAACCCAGUGCACCGGUCUCGGAAAUGGCAGCGACGGUUCUUCAUCCUUUACGAGCACGGCCUCUUGCGCUAUGCCCUAGAUGAGAUGCCCACAACCCUGCCUCAGGGUACCAUCAACAUGAACCAGUGCACAGAUGUGGUGGAUGGGGAGGGCCGCACGGGCCAGAAGUUCUCCCUGUGCAUUCUGACGCCUGAGAAGGAGCAUUUCAUCCGAGCGGAGACCAAGGAGAUAGUCAGUGGGUGGCUGGAGAUGCUCAUGGUCUAUCCGCGGACCAACAAACAGAACCAGAAGAAGAAACGGAAAGUGGAGCCCCCCACACCGCAGGAGCCUGGGCCUGCCAAGGUGGCUGUCACCAGCAGCAGCAGCAGCAGCAGCAGCAGCAGCAUCCCCAGUGCCGAGAAAGUCCCCACCACCAAGUCCACACUCUGGCAGGAAGAAAUGAGGACCAAGGACCAGCCAGAUGGCAGCAGCCUGAGUCCAGCUCAGAGUCCCAGCCAGAGCCAGCCUCCUGCUGCCAGUUCAUUGCGGGAACCUGGGCUGGAGAGCAAAGAAGAGGAGAGCGCCAUGAAUAGCGACCGCAUGGACUGUGGCCGCAAAGUCCGGGUGGAAAGCGGCUACUUCUCCCUGGAGAAGACCAAACAGGACUUGAAGGCUGAGGAGCAGCAGCUGCCCCUGCCGCUCUCCCCUCCCAGCCCCAGCACCCCCAAUCACAGGUACAGUUGCCCCGAGUCACCCCCCCGGGAGCUCGGUGGUCCCCUUCCUUCCCCAGGGCCUCGACUCCCCCACCGAAUGGUCUACAGCAUCUCUCUCGGCUCCCUGGAUGUGGCCGGCCAGCCACCUGCCUACGUGGACUCUGGCAGCACUGGGGGGCGGGGGACAGAGAGACCGGGGAGCACCUUUGCCUUUAAAGCCAGCAGGCAAUAUGCCACCCUGGCCGACGUUCCUAAGGCCAUCAGGAUCAGCCACCGAGAAGCCUUCCAGGUGGAGAGAAGGCGGCUGGAGCGUAGAACUCGGGCCCGGAGCCCUGGCAGGGAGGAGGUGGCCCGUCUGUUUGGCAACGAGCGGAGGAGGUCCCAGGUGAUUGAAAAGUUUGAGGCCUUGGACAUUGAGAAGGCAGAGCACAUGGAGACCAAUGCAGUGGGGCCCUCGCCAUCCAGCGACACACGCCAGGGCCGCAGCGAGAAGAGGGCGUUCCCUAGAAAGCGGGACUUCACCAACGAAGCCCCCCCAGCUCCUCUCCCAGACGCCUCGGCUUCCCCCCUGUCUCCACACCGAAGAGCCAAGUCACUGGACAGGAGGUCCACGGAGCCCUCCGUGACGCCCGACCUGCUGAAUUUCAAGAAAGGCUGGCUGACUAAGCAGUAUGAGGAUGGCCAGUGGAAGAAACACUGGUUUGUCCUGGCUGAUCAAAGCCUGAGAUACUACAGGGAUUCAGUGGCUGAGGAGGCAGCCGACUUGGAUGGGGAAAUUGACUUGUCUACAUGUUACAGUGUCACAGAGUAUCCAGUUCAGAGAAACUAUGGCUUCCAGAUACAUACAAAGGAGGGCGAGUUCACCCUAUCGGCCAUGACGUCCGGGAUCCGGCGGAACUGGAUCCAGACCAUCAUGAAGCAUGUGCACCCGACCACUGCCCCGGAUGUGACCAGCUCAUUGCCAGAGGAAAAAAACAAGAGCAGCUCCUCUUUUGAGACAUGUCCAAGGCCGAGUGAGAAGCAAGAGGCAGAGCCGGGGGAGCCUGACCCUGAGCAGAAGAGGAGCCGUGCACGGGAGCGGAGACGAGAAGGCCGCUCCAAGACCUUUGACUGGGCUGAGUUCCGCCCCAUCCAGCAGGCCCUGGCUCAGGAGCGGGUGGGUGGCACAGGGCCUCCUGACACCCAUGAGCCCCUGCGCCCUGAGGCAGAGCCUGGGGAGCUUGAGCGGGAGCGAGCACGGAGGCGGGAGGAGCGCCGCAAGCGCUUCGGGAUGCUCGACUCCACAGACGGGCCGGGCACUGAGGACACAGCCCUGCGCAUGGAGGUGGACCGGAGCCCGGGGCUGCCUGUGAGCGACCUCAAAACACAUAACGUCCACGUGGAGAUAGAGCAGCGGUGGCAUCAGGUGGAGACCACGCCUCUCCGGGAAGAGAAGCAGGUGCCCAUCGCCCCCGUGCACCUGUCUUCUGAAGAUGGGGGUGACCGGCUCUCCACCCAUGAGCUGACCUCUCUGCUGGAGAAGGAGCUGGAGCAGAGCCAGAAGGAGGCCUCAGACCUUCUGGAGCAGAACCGGCUCCUGCAGGACCAGUUGAGGGUGGCCCUGGGCCGGGAGCAGAGCGCCCGUGAGGGCUACGUGCUGCAGACUGAAGUGGCCGCCUCCCCAUCGGGUGCCUGGCAGAGGCUCCAUAGAGUCAACCAAGACCUUCAGAGUGAGCUUGAAGCCCAGUGCCAGCGCCAGGAGCAGAUUACACACCAGAUUCAGACCCUGAAGCGUAGCUAUGGGGAGGCCAAGGACACGAUCCGACACCACGAGGCUGAGAUCCGCAGCCUCCAGGCACGGCUCAGUAAUGCGGCCGCGGAGCUGGCCAUCAAGGAGCAGGCGCUGGCCAAGCUCAAAGGCGACCUGAAGCGGGAGCAGGGCAGGGUCCGAGAGCAGCUGGAGGAGCGGCAACACAGUGAGGCAGCACUGAGCAGCCAGCUGAGGGCCAGUGAGCAAAAACUCAAGAGCGCCGAGGCCCUGUUACUGGAGAAGACGCAGGAGCUACGGGGCCUGGAGACACAACAGGCGCUGCAGCGGGACCGGCAGAAAGAGGUCCAGAGGCUGCAGGAGCGUAUUGCCGACCUCAGCCAGCAGCUGGGCGCCAGUGAGCAGGCCCAGCGGCUGAUGGAGGAGAAGCUGCAGAGAAACUACGAGCUGCUGCUGGAGAGCUGUGAGAAGGAGAAGCAGGCAUUGCUGCAGAACCUGAAGGAGGUGGAAGACAAGGCCAGCGCCUACGAGGACCAGCUGCAGGGCCAGGCACAGCAGGUGGAGACCCUGCAGAAGGAGAAGCUGAGCGCCACUUUCGAGGGCAGUGAGCAGGUGCACCAGCUGGAGGAGCAGCUGGAGGCACGAGAGGCCAGCGUGCGUCGGCUCGCAGAGCAUGUGCAGAGCCUCUGCGACGAGCGGGACCUCCUCAGGCAGCGGUUCCAGGAACUGACGGAGCGUGUGGCCACGUCUGAUGGGGAUGUGGCUGAGCUCCGGGAAAAGCUGCGGAGAAGAGAGGCCGACAACCAGAGCCUGGAGCACUCCUACCAAAGGGUCGCCAGCCAGCUGCAAAGCAUGCACACUCUGCUGAGAGAGAAGGAGGAAGAGCUGGAGCACAUUAAGGAAGCCCACGAGAAGGUUCUGGUGAAGAAGGAGCAGGACCUCAAUGAGGCCUUGGUUAAAAUGGUUGCCUUGGGGAGCAGCUUAGAGGAAACAGAAAUUAAGCUCCAGGCAAAAGAAGAGAUUUUAAGGAAAUUUGCAAGUGAGUCUCCAAAGGACAUGGAAGAGCCACGGAGCACCCCUGAAGAGACAGAAAGGGACGGCACUUUACUCCCAGGCCAUCCGGUCCCAGCUACCAGGGCCGCUCUGGCCUUUCCACAGACAAGGCUCGAGGAUGAGGACGAGGACCUGGGGGGUCCUCUGGGGGAGGAAUACGGCGACGGCAGCCCCAAUAGGGAAGAGAGUGUAGUGCCCCCAAAGUCAGUGGAAGUGCUUGACAGGGAAGGGCAUCAGCAGGGUACAACCAAACUCGACCAGGGAGCACUUGGUGUUAAAAGGCAAAGAAUCCGGUUCUCCACAAUACAGUGCCAAAGAUACAUUCACCCCGAAGGGUCCGAGAAGACCUGGACCAGCAGCACAUCUUCUGACACCAGCCAGGACCGGUCACCCUCGGAAGAAAGCAUGUCCUCAGAGCCUGCACCCAGUGCACUGCCUGCAGCUGGCGACUCUGACACAUACCUCUCCAUCAUCCACUCCCUGGAGACCAAGCUCUACGUCACAGAGGAAAAGCUCAAAGACGUGACCGUGAGGCUGGAGAGCCAACAGGGUCAGAGCCGUGAGGCACUGCUCGCACUGCACCACCAGUGGGCAGGCACUGAGGCCCAGCUGCGUGAGCAGCUUCGUGCCAGCCUGCUCCAGGUUGGUGCGCUGGCCUCCCAGCUGGAGCAGGAGAGGCAGGAGAGGGCCAGGAGGGUUGAAGGGCAUGUUGGAGAGCUCGGGGACUUCCAGGUCAAGAACAGUCAGGCCCUGAUGUGCCUGGAAAAUUGCCGAGAACAGCUGAGAUCUCUGCCUAGGGCCAGCCAGGAGGAUGAGCAGGAUGCGUGCGCAGCCUCCCUGGCCAGUGUGGAGAGUGCGCUCAUCAGCGCCAUCCAAGCCCUGCGGCGCUGGCCCGCCCCAGCUGAUGGCGGGGCCCAUGUACAGCUGGAGAUGGGUGGCACCGAGGAGAAUGGGAAGCCUGCCUCCCUGCAACAGCGCCCCCAGCCUGAGCUGACAGAGCAGGAGCAGGCGAGGCUUCUUUCUGAUCAGAUUACUCUGGAGGCCUCACUGAUCAGCCAGAUAGCAGACUCCCUGAAGAACACGACAUCAGAUGUCUCCCGAAUGCUCCACGAGAUUUCUUGGUCAGGACAGCCACUGAUGGAGUCUGCUGGGGCCCCCGUAGACACCUGGGCCAGAAAGGUACUGGUGGACGGUGAGUUCUGGAGCCAGGUUGAGUCCCUAAGGAAGCAUCUGGGGACACUGGGAGAAGAGGCAGUCAGUGCCUCAGGAGGCGGGCAGCAGAGCAUCCCACAGGGCCUGGCCCCCAUCCUGGCCAAUGCCACAUGGGUCAGGGCAGAGCUCAGCUUUGCCACACAGUCAGUGAGGGAGUCAUUUCACCGCAGGCUGCAGAGCAUCCAGGAGACCCUGAGGGGCACCCAGACGGCCCUGCGGCAGCACAAGUACCUGCUGAGGGAAAUCCUGGGAGCCUACCAAACCCCAGACUUUGAGAGAGUGAUGCAGCAGGUCUUGGAAGCCCUCAGGCUUCCAGCGGGCCAUGAAGAUGGUGUGCAGCUGUCCUGGGACCUGAGCCCCUUAGGAGAAGUCCUCGGCCAAGACUCAGAAGGCUCUCAGGAGCCCUUUCAUGCAUCUGACCAGAGCCCUAGGGCCUUUGUUGCUAUUCAGGAGGAGCUUGCCCAGCAGCUGAAGGAGAAGGCCAGCCUCUUAGAGGAGAUAGCUGCUGCCUUAACCUCUCUGCCACCUGUGGAAUCACUAAGAGAUUGCCAGAAGCUUCUUCAGGUAUCCCAGAGUCUCUCAUAUAACACUUGCUUGGGAGGCCUCAGUCAGUAUUCUUCAUUGUUGGUUCAGGAUGCCAUUAUUCAGGCCCAGGUGUGCUAUACAGCCUGCAGAAUCCGGCUAGAAUAUGAGAAGGAGCUCCAGCUCUACAAGGACUCCUGGCAGACCAGGGAGACCCCCUGCCCAGAGCAGGCACAAGCAGCCCAGGCCCUGAGGGAGGAGUACGAGGAGCUUCUCCGCAAGCAGAAGAGCGAGUACCUGGAUGUGAUUGCCAUCAUUGAAAGGGAGAAUGCAGAGCUCAAGGCCAAGGUUGCCCAGCUAGACCAUCAGCAGCGGUGUCUAGAGGACACGGAGAGCAAGCACAGCAUGAGCAUGUUCGCCCUGCGGGGUAGGUACGAAGAGGAGAUCCGGUGUGUGGUGGAGCAGCUGACCAGGACCGAGAACACACUGCAGGCUGAGCGCAGCCGAGUCCUGAGCCAGCUGGACGCCUCGAUCAGAGACAGGCAGGACGUAGAGAGGCACCAUGGCGAGCAGAUGCAAACCCUGGAGGACAGAUUCCAGCUCAAGGUCCGGGAGCUACAGACAAUCCAUGAGGAGGAGCUAAGAACCCUGCAGGAGCACUACUCACAGAGCCUGAGGUGCCUGCAGGACACCCUCUGCCUCCACCAGGGGCCGCACCCCAAAGCCCUGCCGGCCCCUGCCCCCCACUGGCAGGCCACCCAGGGGGAGGCUGACUCCAUGACGGGGCUGAGGGAGCGCAUCCAGGAGCUGGAGGCCCAGAUGGACGUCAUGCGGGAGGAGCUGGGAUACAAAGAUCUGGAGGGCGAUGCGGCCACCCUGCGCGAGAAGUACCAGAGGGACUUGGAAAGCCUUAAGGCCACAUGUGAGCGAGGGUUUGCAGCAAUGGAAGAAACGCACCAGAAGAAAAUUGAAGAUCUACAGAGGCAGCACCAGCGCGAGCUAGAGAAACUUCGGGAGGAGAAGGACCGCCUCCUGGCGGAGGAGACAGCCGCCACCAUCUCAGCCAUCGAAGCCAUGAAGAACGCCCACCGGGAGGAGAUGGAGCGGGAGCUGGAGAAGAGCCAGCGGUCCCAGAUCAGCAGCGUCAACUCAGACGUUGAGGCCUUGCGGCGCCAGUAUCUGGAGGAGCUGCAGUCAGUGCAGCGGGAACUGGAGGUCCUUUCGGAGCAGUACUCUCAGAAGUGCCUGGAGAACGCCCACCUGGCCCAGGCGCUGGAGGCUGAGCGGCAGGCCCUGCGUCAGUGCCAGCGUGAGAACCAGGAGCUCAACGCCCACAACCAGGAGCUGAACAACCGUCUGGCUGCAGAGAUCACACGGUUACGGACGCUACUGACUGGGGACGGCGGUGGGGAGGCCACUGGGUCACCCCUUGCACAGGGCAAGGAUGCCUACGAGCUGGAGGUCUUAUUGCGGGUCAAGGAAUCGGAAAUACAGUACUUGAAACAGGAGAUUAGCUCCCUCAAGGAUGAGCUGCAGACAGCACUUCGGGACAAGAAGUACGCUAGUGACAAGUACAAAGACAUCUACACAGAGCUCAGCAUUGCGAAGGCUAAGGCUGACUGUGACAUCAGCAGGUUGAAGGAGCAGCUCAAGGCUGCAACAGAAGCACUGGGGGAAAAGUCCCCUGAUAGUGCCACGGUGUCGGGAUACGAUAUAAUGAAAUCUAAAAGCAACCCUGACUUCUUGAAGAAAGACAGAUCCUGUGUCGCCCGGCAACUCAGAAACAUCAGGUCCAAGUCCGUAAUUGAGCAGGUCUCGUGGGAUACCUGAAAUGCACCCGCUUCCCGGCCCAUGCAGGAGAGUCUGAAGGAAGGCCUAACGGUGCAAGAACGGUUGAAGCUCUUUGAAUCCAGGGACUUGAAGAAAGACUAGCUGUGUCCCAUCCAAGUUGAGCACGCGCCUUCCCCAGCUUGCAGCAGGACACCCUGAGCGCUGCUUUUCACCUGUACCUUUGUUUUAUUAUUAUUAUUGCUGUUGUCAUCGUUAACUGUGGGCAUGAAAUGCGUGAGGCUGGCUUCUGGGUUGUCCACACCACUCUGCUGUGUUGACUUCCUGUUUUCAUCAAAGCUUUUUUCCAUGGUAUUGUAAAAUUAGGCCAGCACUGGGGGCUGGGAGGGCAUCUAUGUUAGUCCCUUCCUGGCUGUGACCCGCCGCACUCACUGUCAGUAUUAAGGCCCAACAGCCUGUUGAUAAGCUACCCUGUCUCACCACGCGCUGGUGUGGAAACAGGGCCCAGCCAGCAUGCGUCAAGGUAGAUGGAAUGGUCAGAGAAAAAGCCGUGCGGACACUCCAGCUUGGCCUGGGUCACAGCACUGACUCCUCACCCACCAGUCUGGCUGUUAGAGGAGGAGGUGCGCUGCCUUCCGGCCUGGGAGGAGGACAGCAUUUUGUAUUUGUUCCACUGAUGCAGCUUAGAACCACACCCCUGAUAAUCAUGGCAAACCUUUCACAACCUGGAAAAUGUUGAAAGCAACCAUUCCUAUUUUUGUUUGUUUUUUAUUAAAUCUUGCACAAAAUCCCCGGCCCCUCUCCUUCCUUUCUUCCUUUUUUCGCUCGUUCUUUUCUUGGUCUCCAGUAACCCUGGUCUUUUCAUAACUACUCAAGAUUGUUGACGUGCAGCCUGGGUUUCAGACUCUAACUGCAAAAAAUGAUGAAUUCCCUCCAGGAAUCAUUCAAAUAGGGGAAGGUUUGGGGUUUGAGUUUUUUUUUCACCUUUUGGAGAAGAAACUGUCAUUGCUUUGGAAAAGGUUGAGAAGAGACCCCUGUUAAGUCAAGAAGAAGGUACAGAGGAUGUCAGAACCUGAUGAGAACAGCCCAUUAGUGUGUUUUAAGACUCUGAUCUUAACUUUCAUAAUCAAUCUGAGCUCUGGAAACCUAUCUUGCAGCAUUUAUCUUUAAAAGGGCCUAGUUAAACUAAACCUAUACUAACAAUUUUGCUUUUUCUAACAGUUUGAGGAAGGCCUUUUUAACUGCCACAAAAGAUUCUAUAGCAAUUCUUGAAAAUCUCUUAAAUUGGAGUCUCUAUUUCGGCCCUAUGAAAACCAUUAUUCCCAUUAAGAUCAGGAGUGUAAACAAAGCCCUGGCUGGUGGAACAGGUUCUGCUACUUUAGCAGCUCAGUGGGGUGUGAGCAGACGGUUUUCAUACCAGGAGCAUGCUUUCACUUCGUAUUCAUGCUUGAGUUGGUGUGGUGGUCUCUGUGGAUGUAUGGAUGCUUUGGAGGGUAGAAAUGUAGAAAUCCGAUUGCUCAGUUUCUUGAUUAAAGUCAUAAGCAAGGCCAUCUGUGGCGCUCUGGCCCCACCCCUACUGUGCAGAAGGGCAGGAAGCAAGGCCUGGAGUUUUCAUAUGUUUUAAGACCCGGGUUUAGGUGCUCUCUUCUCACUGGAAUAACAAAGUGUUCUCCAUAGGCGUUGAGCCCUUUCCACAAGUUUUUAAGGGUCUUAACCCACACUUUUGCUCCUCUGAUGCUAGUCUUCCAUGUUGUUAACAGCAAGAGAAAAUUGGAUUUGUUUAAAAAUAUACUUAUCUGAGGUGGCAUAGUUGUGCAGCUAUAGUCCCAGCUACUCAGGAGGCUGAGGUGGGAGGAUCACUUGAGCCUGGGAGGUCGAAGCUGCAAUUAGCCAUGAUUGUGCCACUGCACUCCAGCCUGGGUGACAGAGUGAGGCCCCAUAUCAAAUACAGAUAUACUUAUCAGACCCCACUGACCAUUUAGAUUGGCAGUGCUCUGAGAAAUGCACUUUUCUGUGUCGAUGGGAAUGUACAGAAGGAAUGUGCAGGACCCAGCUGUCCUCCACAGCCCCAUUGUUGUCUCCAGGACACUGCUGAGACACGAAUGCUCCAGGACAGACGGGGACCUGGUGUGCGUUCAGAUCUGACCAGACGGGAGUGGUUUUGCCUGGUAUCUGGAUGCUCUGACUUUGUGUCACUCUCUGAGGUCCACCACCUUCCCUGCCUGGCAUGGUUUCCUUUGUAACCAUCCCUGCUGCCCCUGGGUACAGACCCACUAGCCCUUCUGCAGACAGCUCCCUGCCUUCUGCUCUCCAGGGGUUUCUGGGCAGAGUCUGUGCUUAGAGACAGGAUCUGUCUGCCUUCAGCCCUCGCAGUUCUUUAAAUUAAAGCAAGUUUUCCCAUAGGCCAAAGAGCAUUUGAUUCACUUUUUUCCAUCACUUACCCCUUGAGGCUGGACUUCAGGAAUCCUAAAAAAUUAAUAUGAGUGCAGCCUGUGAGGAGCCAGAGACAGACCAGCUGGACAUCUGCAUUCCUCUGCUGCAGGCCUCUCCCCCAGGGGCUGGUUUAGUGUAGGGUAUUGCCAGGAAACAGGCUGAGGCUGCUAUGCCAGUAGAGAACAGGUGGGGAGGUACUCUCUGGCUGUUCUAACAAAGGCCCCUUUGCUAAGGGCUCCUGAAAAUGCCCUCACAUAGGGACAGCCACAAACUGGGUCAAGGAAGUCUGGGUUCCCUGCUGGUGGACUACAUCCUUUGGAUGGAGUGAACCAGGCAAGAAAGAGGAUGAAGUUCUUCAUGUUCCUGGACAUGCCCCAGGAACAGAGACUUGCCCAGGUAGCAACACUGGCACAGGCGUCAACUGCUGCCACACUGGGCAGGGAGCCUCGCGCUGCACAGGGCUGGGCGCUCUCCUCCAGUUUCCUUCCUGAAGGCAUCCAAAUACCCUGGAAAGGAUUUAGCCCCUGAAUUCCACGGAGAAGAAAGAACAGUGAAGAAGUAGAAUUGGUUUCUGUAUGGGGAGAGGAAGGUCCUCUUAAGGGCAGCUGCAAGUGGGGUCUCAGGCUGCUCCUUGGCACAAGAUAGUGAGCUUUCCCAGCUUCAUCGAUGAGGAAGAUGUUCAAAUAGACUUCUGCAUUUUAAUUAUUUUCCUAUAAAUGUACUUAUGUGUAGUAUGCUAGCACGUGCUGGUAAGCCAUGCCGCACAUAUUAACGGGAAAGCGGGGCAGGUUAACUCUCGUUGAGUUUUUUUCGGGCAUGUGCGUGAUUACCUUGUGUGCACGCAUGCACAUGUAGAAUAGUCACUUUCUGCUGGUCAGUUUCUUUAUCACAUGUGGUGCCCCAGCCCCAAGCAGGUGUGGAGACCAGCAUUCCAGAGGACACGCUGUCCACAGCCUCCCAGGUCCGAGCAGGUCAUUGGGCAGGGGUGGAGGCAGACAGUGCACUGCCCUGUGAGCUGAAAGCCGCUGCUUCAGGGAGUCAAUGGCCUGUGCUCCGCGGGUGAGGCAGUGGACGUCCCAGGGGGACUAGAGGAGACAGCAUCGAGAGCAUGGGGGUUUAUUGAACAAAAGGUCACAUCGGAGGGGAUCUCGCCUUCAGAUUCAGCAAGUAUGAAGGCAGAAGAGCAUGAGAGCUAGGCCCCGCAGGCUGCUGAGUGAUGUAGAAGGCCAGGAAGAACCUGUUCCUGCAGCAGCCACUGGCUCCCGUCACUCCCCUACCCUCCAGGUCACGCAGGCCAUACAGGGAGAAGAGGGCAUUUCGGCUGUUAAAAGAACCCGAAAGGAAUACCGACAGAUGAGGCCAGAAACAAAACUGAUGGCCUGAAAAACAUUUUUAUGGAAUGUAUUUACUACCAUUCAUUUUACUACGGAGGUAGAUAGGGCUGUUAACUCUUGGGUCCAUGGAAACAUGCUGAGCAUUGAACACAGUCCGGAUCAUCACUCCCGCCUGGCCAUCUCCUGGGAGGCUGCCAAGUGCCAUGGAGCUGGGACACAGAGCAGAGCCCGCCAGAUGUUCAGGGCCCUGGAGGCCAAGGCCACCCUGUGUGGGGUCCCUGUUGGCAGCCAGGUCCCUACACAGUCUUAUUUGGCCGACUAGACUUUGAAUAUGACCUGCAGUCUAAUUUGGGAUGUGGAGGAAGCUCUUCUGUCCCCUGCUCCUUUGUAUGUUGGGUGACUUUAAUGUCUGGCCACAUGCCCCUUUCUCCCAGCUACUCAUUCACUCACUUGCCGAAGUUCCAAGACAGCCACCCUUAAUGUGACCCAUCAGCAUUUAUUUUUCCUGAAAAGAAGAAUUUGUUCAACAUGGUCCUAAAGGCUUGGAAUUUAUAGACUUUCCUUUAUAAGAUACAGUUUAAAAAAAAAAAAAUGUGACCCCUUUGUCACUAAGGGAGAAAGAAAUUAAGUAUUUUCAAAGUUUUAUGAAGAAUGGAAAUGAUAUUAUACUUCAAAGGAAUUUAAUGUUGAAAUUUCAAAGAAAAAUUGCUGUGUUGAUGAGAAGUUUCACCUUCCUGGGACCUUUAUUCAUUUUAAGGUAUGAGAUAAAAUUCCUGGCUACGGGAGUCAUUGGUCUGAUGUACAAGGAAUUUGCUUUAUAACCGGAUUGUAACUUGCCCUAAGGUCCAUGUUGGAGCACUAGGUAGAGACAAUGUUUCGAUUCUCUUUUCCUGCAAGCUGGGAUCAGCCCUGUUUUCUCCUUUCAGCUGAGAUGAUGGAAGUUUCUCAGUGUGUUGGCAAAACAGCCCUCCCGGCUUUCUAAAAGGACUUAGGACAAAAGCUGCUGGGAACUUGCUUAUUCAAAAACUCCUUAAAUUUUAGGCAUCUGCACAGUGUUUUCCCACCUUUCACCUUCCUGGGCUUUUCUGCCCUCCAGCAUUCUUCUGAAGAGAGCUUCCUAGCCCGCUCAUGUCUCCAGUGGGUAAAUACUCAGCAACUGCACGUGGGUUUUCCAAGCACUUUGGGCUUGGAGGUUGGCCAUGUGCAAGCACACUCCUUCUUGCCUCUGGCUUCUCCUCGCCACCCUCUUUAAAGGUAUAAACUCCUCAGAUACUAGAUUUGUGAUCACAUGAAAGGUCAUCUUCACAUUGAAAGGUGAAGGCCACCACGGUCCUCAGUGCCAAGCAGCAGAACGUUCCAAGACGGGCGUUCUUCCUUGCACAGCAGCUACGGCAGGUGGUUCUGCUGCCUCCCCUUAGAGGUGGCUGUUCAUUGUACCUUCGUACAGUUGCGUUUACACACUUGUGCUGACAGCUUUCAGCAAGGGCAUGUGUCCACAGCUGAGGGCAGUAAGAACCCGCCUAAGCUGAAGGCUAGUGACACAGCGCCGUAGGCCCUUUAAAAGGAAAGCCUGACAUAAACCCAGUAUGGAAAGGAACAUUAUCAGUUCUCUCAAAUUUUGUCUGCCAGGGACAAAACCCUGCUUAUUCUCUUGCCCUUUUCAGAACUGUGAGCUUCAAGUAUUCUUGCUUCUCUGUAAAGGGAAGACAUCUCCCUUCUCUGAAAUUCUUCAACAAAAGAAAAGACUCUUGGCAGGGUAGGGGAGUCUGGCUCAACACUAGAUCAUCCCUAUAGAUGGGACACGUUUCUAUCUGAACACACCUUGGGUUCGAGUCCUUAGGUAUUUGGGUGCAGUACUUUGUGAAUACUUAAAGCUACUGCAUGCUUGGUGUAGCUUGCAAUUUCUCUGUAUUUAAAAGCAGCUGUGUUUAUUUUCUUCAAAAUAACCUGUAUAUUAUUCAGAGUAAUCCAUGUAAAUAUUACUGAGAAGUCACUGCAGGGAUUUUUGUGACAAAGUUUGUAUGGGUUUUUAAAAAAAAUCUUAGACACCCCUUUUUAAGAUAGGGAGAACAGAAUUAAGUGUACCAUUGAACCCCCCCCCCCCAGCAUUAUAAGGAAAUGUUUUUAAUGACUGCUAAGUAUUUGUAAAAGGUUUGGCCAUUUAGUAGAUGUCUUUAAAGAAUGUAUACAUUAUCUAAAAAAGCGAUAGCCCUGUAUCCAUACAUUGUUUUCAUUGAAAGAAUUCUGUAUUGCCUGUUCUUGGUAGAGCCAGAGUCCUCAAGGAAAAUGAAGAAAAUGAUAGCCCCGUCUUGACCAGACUUCUGCACAGUAACGUAAGGCUAUCAUAGGGAGACUUGGUUAAGGCACGGUUCUGGGAUUGGGGUCGAAAUGUGUGGUUUCUGAGAAGCUUCAAGACCACUCACUGGGCAGGGCUCUGUGCACAGCACCAGAGCUGUUUGAAUUCCCGAGCCCCUUGGUCAUAUCCUAGAAUUCCAUGGAGGCUGCAGAAGUUAGAUGCAGCUUUUUUUUUUUUUUUUUUUUUUUUUUUUUUGCAACAUGUAUUUUUGUCAAAUUGGUAAGGAAACAUUGAGUUACAGAAUACUUAAGAAUUGGAGACUCCAGUACUGUAGGAUGGCCUGGGAGGGCAAGUCGCAAGUGGUGGACACCACAUGCUCCUCGGGCACGGCCUCAGUGGGAGCCUUCCCCAGGCACAGCUCAGCCACCUGAGGAAAGGGUGUUGUGGAAGUGCAGACACACACACACACACACACACACACACACACACACACACAGCGCCUGCAGCCUCAGAGUCACGCCUGUCACUCCCCGCCCCCACAACCCCCUUGAGAAGUUAGUGGCGUCACAUACUUAGUUUUAUUUUAUAGACGGCUAGGAAUAGAUUGUGAAGAACACUCAGUUCACUACUGUGUUAUGAUUAUAUCACAAGCUUCAAUUAAAAUGGAUUUUAAAGGAUUUUAGGAUUUACCUUUAGUAUUAACCACUUAUUUACUGACUUACUGUUAGGAUUCAAAACCAGUUAAGUGUAAGAAUUAUUUCAUGUGGCUUUCCUAGGGUAAUAUUUAUAAAAGGUAGAAGGCAUCCAAGUGGCUCCUCAACAAUUACAGUUAAUGAUUUUUCUCACAAAUAUGCCCUUCUGUCAGGGUGAAAGUCUCAAUUUGUUAUCAAAGACAAAACGUACUGUGCCAAGUUGGGGCGCUGUGUGUGACCGAGUAGCAAUGCUUCCGUCACCUCCGCCGCAGCUUGUGAGUCCAGUGGUUCUGAGAAACGUUCUGUCACAUGAUAAAAGAAGCAGCUUGUACAAUUCUAACUGGCAUUUCAUUUCUGUUCUAAUACUAAAUGGUAACGCUUAACAGACUAAAAGCCAUGUGCAGAAGAAAGGGCUGAAUGAGUCCGGCCUCCCCAGGUUCCAGCGCAGCACUCGCGUAUGAGAAGUGGAGCCCCGGGGUGGGGUGGCCACCCUCCGUCAGGCCAGGAUCUGGAGAAUGCCUGACUUGCUGAGCUGCUGCUCUCUUUUGAGGGUGGGGAGCAUAGAGGGGAAGGGAAAUUUUGAGGCUUUUUUUUUUUUUAACAAUGUUUGUGAUCAACUGUUCACUAUAAUUGGAAGUGUUACUUUGUCAGAAUAUUUAUUCCUUUGUGUGACAUGCUAGAUUCCCUGGAUGUAGCUGAUUGUUUUUAUUUUGUAAAUAUUACCUAACUAUACAUAAACUAUAUCAUAAUAAACUAUUUUUGCAUCA